UGAUUUGUGCAUAUUUUCAUAAUAUUACGUGUUUGAUUCAUGUUGUUAUCCAAUUUAUUAUAACCAUUUAAGAUCAGCAGUAGCGAGAAUACUAUGUCAAACAUAUCCAAGAGGAGGCGAGAAGGAUCGCGGUCCAAGAUCAAGAGUAUGGGAGACCACAAAGAGUUUCUGAACCGCAUCACAAAAACCCUCUACUAUGGUGAACUGCCCUCGCUACCCUGUCUGAGUCUCCCCGUGACUGAGGUAUCCUGCGCGUUGUGGUCCGCCGCACAGCAGGGCCGGUCGCUGAGACGUUUACACGGCGACGCGGCGGCGCGACUCGCGUACGAGGCGCGCGUCUCCCCGUGCGCGCUCGUGCUGGCUCUGUUGUACUUGGAGAGGCUCCGGCAUCGCAACCCUGCGUAUGUCGCCGCCGCCGCGCCCGCUGAUCUCUUCCUCGUGUCGCUGAUGGUUGGCAACAAAUUCCUUCAAGACGACGGUGAGGACGCGGAGACAUUAGUGACUGAAUGGGCGGCCGCCGGCGGGCUGACACCCGCGGACCUCAAGCGGCUCGAGAUAGAUUUCCUAAAUGCUAUUGAAUGGAACGUAUACGUAAACAACGAUAGCUUCGAGUCGGGUCUGUCGUGGCUAGAGAGUCAAGUGGCGUUGAAGCAAGCAAAGGAAAGAGGAUUCUUCACGUACAGCGACUUAGCGGCCGCGGGGGGAGGUAUAAAUGAACAUAAUGCAGGUGUAGCAGUAGCGGGCGCCGCGGCAGCAGCCAUAGCAUUAGCCUACGUCGCUGCCCUCAGCGCACUCGUCACCUCUGCCUUCCUAGUCUCAUACACUCUGCCCCUCCUACAGCUCACACAAACUACACUACUGUCCACCCCACAAACUCUAGAACCGUGUCUAAACGCGACUGUCGACUUCACUGACACGCCUCGCUGCUGCACUGACUGGCUCAACUAUCAUUCCACUAUAAAAACUCCUCAAGUCUACUCGGUGAAUUUACAAGAACCAUGGUUUAAAAUUGAGACUGAUUUCACUUGGUACCGCAGCUCUUUAGUAGACCCGCUUCAAAAAUGGCUGGAAAAGCUGGAUGAAUAUGCUGAUGAAUAUAUUUUUAAAUCUAGUAAAUGCUCGGGUUCUGCGAUGCAACCACGUUGCGUGCGACAGUGGCUCAAUCUUAGCCAGCUAGGUGGUCUUGUGGUCAUAUCGGAUCGAUAAUAUUUUAGUACUUAAAGCUCAGUUACAGAAAACACUAUCAUUACUGUCUCUUUCUGGUUUACCAAAAUAAAGUGACAGUAGUAACCUUUUGAACGCCAUAAGCCUGAAACAAAAAUGUCACUCACACGCUAACGUUACAGACGUAAACAAGCCAAUGUAAACCUUAAAUAAAGUCAUGAAGGUUAUAUUUGUAACGUACGUCAUACCGCUCGUUAAGCGUUCUCGGCGUCUAAAAGGUUUAAUUGUGUAUUUCUGCGAUUGAAGAAACUAAUCGCUCACGCUUAUCUGUCCUUUGCAUUAUUUAUAAUAAUUAUAAUAAGUAGUCGCUCAAUAGCAUUUCGUUGUUGAACAAAGCAAUAAUUUUUGGUUUAAUUUUAGUUUGUGUGUGAGCCUCCGUUUACGUUUGACGUGGCCUUAUAAUUUUGUUAAUACACUCGUUGGGC